CAUGCUUCAGUGUUUACGGGUGCUCUUCAGUGCACACAUUUUUACGAAACCUGUCGCUUUUUCUUAUUCAUUCCGUACCUUGAGGUCCGUGACGGAUCAGGAGAGGCGCGCAGCCCUCUCCCUCCCAAGGGGAACGAAUACAGCUGCAGUACCGGUGAAGUGUCACAAUGCCAAGGGUGGCACACGAGACGGAACUCCAGGCACUUCUUUUCACUAAACUUCCUAUCAAAUUCAAAUGUGAAAAAACAAGUUUGCUUUUUUGGGGGGGGAAUAUGCCAGUUGAUGAAAACCUUUUUUUUUUGUAUGUAUAGGGGAGACCGGGGAGGAAGAAACACCUUUUGUCUCGGAAAAGAGGUUCAUCGUCAUGAACUACAGAGACUCCGUGACUUCAAUCAAGUCUAGUGAAGCAUCAAGGACUGGGACCUUUUGCUGCGUCCCAACCUGGAAAUUGACGUGCUUAAAACGGACAUGACUUGUCAGGAUGGACUUUUGACUGAUGAUGUCCAAUGUACAAAAAUGUAAUUUUUCACCGGAAUACUUGGAUGGUCCUUUGAGAAACCUGUGGGUGAAUGUGCUGUGAAAGAAGCUGGGUAAAAUGGAGGUGUUCUGAAGCAGAAUCAGGACUAAGUGAAGGUGUCAGAGCAAGCCCCUCGGCUCUUCAAUCUGUACUGACCACCAAGUCUGAGACAGAGGUGUGUCCACACACACAUUGAGAGAUCGAUAAAAGGACUCCCUCUGCAACCUCACACAGGACCUGAAAUCCCAAAGUCUAAAAAAGUCUCAAGAUAUUGACUUGUUGUGGUCCUUCACGACUGGACUGAACAAGAUGAUCUCAGGGAUGAGGGGAUCAUGUUAACAUCUAGCUUGGCUAUUGUUGUUACUCAGGCUUUGCUCUAUUAACUCUCUUUGACAGAGUCUGGUCCAGUUUCAGAUUAGGGGAUCGGCAGAGGCAGGGAUAGAGUAAGGGAGAAGGGGUGAGAGGGAAACAAAAAGAGAGAGACGGGGGGGGAGUGAAGGUGUGUUCGAUACAGAGCAAGACACAGAGGUGCAGAAAAGAAGCUGCAGACAGAAGAAGAAGAAGAAGUGACAGAAAGAGGAAGCUGGAGGCCAGAGUCUCUGUUAUUAUCUCUCUGUGUGAGGUUUAGUGGAGAAGGGUGGGGUGGGGGGGUGGACCAUUUGUGAAAAAGAGGUGUUGUGCUGGUCUGGCUGGCUGGAGAGGAGAAGAAAAGAGAACAGUAGAGGCAAAGGGAGUAGGAAAGGAAAAGGGAAUGAGAGGAGUGGAGUGGAGAUGAGUCCAAAGAGAAAAGUUAUAGAGUUGAAUACCAAUGAGGCCCUUUAGUCAGACAACCGGGACCAACCGAUAUUAGAGGCCUUGGACAGGUAGACAGAGAUUCAGAAAAACUAAUGCAGCCAUUAGUUGCAACGAUAAAAUGAUGGACGUGGACAAAACUAAAUGCCUGAUAACAUGAAAUCGAACACAGGCUAGCUCUCUGCUCAGAGAUGACCGAAACGGAGGUAUACAGACGGAUUUGUUUACCGAACAGGCUGCUAUAAAGGGAUAAAAAGCCCUCUGUGCAACAGGCACACGUCUAAACCAGCUGUGACAUUCAUCAAUGCAGCACUGUGAUCCCCACUGGGGGAUAGGCAGAAAGAGUCCGGAUUGAUCAUCUUGAUGGGGACCAUGAGCAUCCUCUAACCCCAACCACAUAAAAGAGGAGUGGCGUGGAGAGGACAUCUGAGCAGAGAGGUUAAAGCACCAGGCGGGAUGGAGCAAGAUAACACCUCUGUGCUGGACCUGUUCUUGUCCAAUGUCACAGAUCUCCCUGGAACCACCACUGACCCCCCUUGGGAUGAAACCACACUCCUGAGCUUGCAAAUCUCCCUGUCCGCCAUCUUGGCCAUUGUCACCCUGGCAACGGUGCUGUCUAAUGCCUUUGUCAUCGCCACCAUCUUCCUCACCAGGAAACUGCACACCCCCGCCAACUUCCUGAUUGGUUCGCUGGCCGUGACGGACCUGCUGGUGUCCAUCCUCGUCAUGCCGAUCAGCAUCGUCUAUACAGUCAGCAAGACCUGGUCGCUGGGGCAGAUUGUCUGUGACAUCUGGCUCUCUUCCGACAUCACCUUCUGCACGGCCUCCAUCCUGCAUCUGUGCGUCAUCGCCCUUGACCGCUAUUGGGCCAUCACUGACGCCCUGGAGUACUCCAAGCGGCGCACGACGCGCCGGGCAGGGCUCAUGGUGGGGGUGGUGUGGGUUAUCUCCAUCUCCAUCUCCCUUCCACCGCUCUUCUGGCGGCAGGCCAAGGCCCACGAAGAGCUGACAGAGUGCCUGGUGAACACAGACCAGAUCUCGUACACUCUCUACUCCACCUUCGGCGCCUUCUACGUUCCCACCAUCCUCCUCGUCAUCCUCUACGGGAGGAUUUACGUGGCGGCACGCUCGCGCAUCUUCAAGCCGCCGGCGUCCUGCGGAAAACGCUUCACCACAGCCCAGCUCAUCCAGACCUCCGCUGGCUCCUCCCUCUGUUCGAUUAACUCCGCCUCCAACCAGGAAGGACACACCCUCUCAGCAGCCGGAGGAGGAGGAGGGGGGGGAGGAGGAGGGGGAGGAGGCUCGCCUUUGUUCGUGAACAGCGUGAAGGUGAAGCUAGCGGACAGCGUGCUUGAAAGGAAACGUCUGUGCGCCGCCCGGGAGAAGAAGGCCACCAAGACGCUGGGCAUCAUCCUGGGAGCCUUCAUCAUCUGCUGGCUGCCCUUCUUCGUGGGCACCCUGGUCAUGGCCAUCUGCAAGGGCUGCUGGUUUCACCCUGUGCUGUUUGACGUCUUCACCUGGCUGGGAUACCUCAACUCCCUCAUCAACCCUGUCAUCUACACUGUUUUUAACGACGAGUUCAAACAGGCCUUCCACAAACUCAUCAAGUUCAAGAGAUGCUACUGACACAAUGGUGUGGAAAAGUUGUACACAUUUGUGAUGUACACUCUACUGGGAUAUUAACAGGCGCAUCUGACCUGGACUGCUCCACAGCCUGUGAAGAUAUGGCAAACAUGGACUUUACUGAACUCACUGGUAACCCGUUUACACUAAAGACAGAACGUGAUAAAUGUGUUACCAUUCUAUUUUUCCUUUUCCUGUUUUGGCAGGAAAAAGCGGGAAUGACAAGAAACAGAAGUCCUAAUGUGGACAUCAUUAUGUGAAUUAUAUGGCCUGGAUUAUUGCGAAACACUGUGAUGUGGCAUUUGUUAAUUGUUUUAAAAACACACAUGUUCAUUGUACUGUGUUUGUUCAAUGAACAUCUUUGAACUCAUCUCUAGGAUCCAUGCCAUUGCAGUUCUUCUAGAUAUUUCCCCUAUCAAAACUUCUGCAUGUAUUUCUAAGAAGUUGAAUAGGUUGCUAGAACUACAGAAAUCACUUUCUUAACACCAAAGGGACCGAUACAAUGAUUAACACUUCGAGGAACUCCUAGGAAAAGGUGUACCAAGACUAAUGAAUUUGACUACAAAGCAAUGCUGUCACACAUAUGUUCAUCUUUCAUAACCUUUAUGUGAUUCAGUACAGUAUAUAGAGAUGAUAUAUACCUAU